UUCGGCGUUAAUAAAUACCCCAAUAAAUACCGCGUCGCUAAUAUUUUCACCUGCUUUUUCCGAGGAUUUAUUCGUUUAAUCGGCGUUUAUAAUGUCGUAAUAACGUUUUUACCCAAAGGCCGUAUAAAUAUUAAUUCCGCGGCGAGCGUAAUCGGAGAUAUGGCCCGUAAUUUCCCGAACCUGCGUUUUGUUAUAAUAAUUAAAAUUAGCUGUAAAAUUCCAACCGUAUAUAAUAAUAUUCGGUUUGGCGACGUUAUUGUAAAUAUUUCCGGAAAUAAACAAGGCGGUAUUCGACAUUACGAUUUUGGGGUUUUCAAACAAAACGCCGGUUUUAAAAAAUACGGCCAUUUAAAUGGACCGCAAAUAAAAAUCCUUAAUAUAAUUCCCUGUUUCCAAACUAAAUAUACCAAACGCGGUUAUAAUUUCGAAAAACGUAUUACCGCGAACCUAAACCAAAAUUUUCGCAUAAAAAAGCAAAUAUUCCCGCCCGAAGGCCGAUAUUUUAUCCAAACCGGAUUACGAAUAUCCGAUAAGCAAAAACGUUAA